AUGGCGGAAACUUCUGAACGCAGCCUCCACCCCCCUUUCUUCCUAAACACACCACACACACACAAAAAAAAGAAAGAAACGCAGAGAGAAAGAGCACAAAGAGCAGAGAAAAGAGGGAGGGAAGAGCUGCUGCCUCGCUGCCGCGCCGCUGUUUCAUUGCCGUCGUGCCGCACCCUAUUUGCGUUGCUGUUGCUGAUUGGUGGAAGGGAGGAGCAGAGUGCGCACAGAGGAAGGAAAGCUGUUCACCACUGCCAAACCUCCGUCGCCAGUGAUUCGCCGCCGCUGAAGAGAGGGAGUGACGCGAUUAAAGAAAGGAGGAGGAAGGAAACCCGUGCGCCGUCGGAGCUAGUUUCUCCCAGUCGCCGGCGUUGUCUUCGUCUGAACCACCACCAGAUCCGCCGCUGCCGAAGCUUCCGGUUGCGCCUCUGCCGUCGGCGAAGCUUGCCGUCACGGGAGGUGAUCCGGCAUCGCAUUCUUGCUGCUUUGAGCCACCAGCACCGCUGCUGCUACUCCAAAAUUCCGUUUCUAUUUCUUAGGGUUUGCUAUCUCAGCCCCUUGAAGUUACGUUGGUUCUGUUCUUGCCGUUACCUGAAUCUCUGCCGCCGUGGGUAUUGCUGUUGGAGUCGCUGGGAGCCAAUGUUGGAGCUGCCUUUGAUGAUUCUGAUGCUGCUACGUAGGUUCGGAGCUGCUGUGUUGUUGCCGGAGGAAGGGAACUCAUCAGAAAAAUGUUAUUGAGCCUGAUGUUUGGUUU